AUGCUGCAGGAGAAGGCUUCAGCUGUGUCGGAUGAACAUAUGAGCCGGGUCCAGACCGACGGGGAGAGGGAUCUCCUUCCAGACCAGUCACGACUUGGCCUGUCUACAGCUCCCACAGCUCCCAGUUCCAGUGGGCCUGACCAGAAUAUUGAGAAUAUUAAGGUUGUCCUGCAUGAGAGGGAGCUGUGGAGGAGGUUCCACGAGGCCGGCACAGAGAUGAUCAUUACGAAAGCUGGAAGGAGGAUGUUUCCUAGCUACAAGGUUAAAGUUACUGGCAUGAACCCAAAGACCAAAUACAUCCUUCUUAUUGACAUUGUCCCAGCUGAUGACCACCGCUACAAGUUCUGUGACAACAAAUGGACGGUAGCUGGCAAAGCUGAGCCAGCCAUGCCAGGCAGACUCUACGUGCAUCCGGAUUCCCCCACCACGGGUGCUCAUUGGAUGAGGCAACUGGUAUCAUUUCAGAAGCUGAAGCUAACAAACAAUCACUUGGACCCUUUUGGUCAUAUAAUCCUAAACUCCAUGCACAAGUACCAGCCCAGGCUUCACAUAGUCAAAGCUGAUGAAAACAACGCAUUUGGAUCGAAGAACACCGCCUACUGUACUCAUGUCUUUCACGAGACUGCCUUCAUUUCCGUAACCUCUUAUCAAAACCACAAGAUCACUCAGCUGAAGAUAGAAAACAAUCCAUUUGCUAAAGGAUUUAGAGGAAGUGAAGAAGGAGAUAUGCGUGUUUCAAGGCUACAGGGGAAAGAAUAUCCAGUAAUAUCAAAGAACAUGGUGCGCCAGCGGAUCAUUUCCUCACACAGUCACAUAGCAGGGAAACUUCGAGCAGGAGUUUUAACAGGGCACUCCCAAGUCCUGCCCUCCUAUCAGUAUGAGACCGGGGUUCCUUUGUCCAAUUCCGAAACCCAAGAUCCCAUGUCAAACCACUUCCCUCAAAGCAGAGAUCCCAGCCUCAUGUAUCACUGCUUCAAACACAGAGAUAAUUCCCGACACUUGGAUCUUGGAUGUAAGCGGCCAUAUCUGGAAACAUCCUCCAUGAUGUCAGAGGAGCAUUACUUUCGUUCACCUCCAACUUACGAGUCGCCUCUACUGUCUCAUCCGUACUGCACUGAGGCCAUCACUUCCAGAGAGGCGUGUAUGUAUGGUAGCAUGGAGUCUGAGUCUGGAUCGGGGGCCGCGGACACUGGCGAACUGACAAACUCUCCUACAGUUAAUUGCAACAUGUGGGCGACAAUGCAGCCCUUUCCUCGUUACAGUGUCGAAGGGGUUCCCUACCAGUCCUUCACUGCUCACUUCACCAACUCUGCUCCUGUCACCCCUGUGGUACCACACCCUACAUCAUCGAUGGUGUCACGACCACAGGCUGACUUGAGGGUCUACAACUCAGCAGCAACCCAGAGAAGCCUGCCAGUUGUACCACCGUCGCCCUCCUCUACAUCUGGCUCUUCAGCUGUCACCAGAGAUCGGUCAGGCCAUCCAUCUCUUUAUCACAAGAAGCCGGGAUCAGCCUAUUCCACACAAGGCACUAUAUCCAUACGGGAUUCAUCUUACCAGUACCAAGUGGGACUGGGUAGUACAGGGAGUCACUGGACUGACAGCUAA